AUGUUUAAUAGCGGGGGUCAAUUACACAACUACUCGGGUGUGUUUGCCAUAACAGGUGUGACCUAUUCAUUAGCCCUUUUAUGGACCGUAUAUAUGGUCGACGAGGAAAAGGAUAUCCAACAGUGGGUCCAUCUCUNUUCAUUAGCCCUUUUAUGGACCGUAUAUAUGGUCGACGAGGAAAAGGAUAUCCAACAGUGGGUCCAUCUCUUCAGCAAAAUGCCGGACACCGACAUCGAUGGUCAGCAAACUAUCAUCAGAAAUAAAUUACAAACAUUUAACGCAAACAAAGCCAAACACCCGUUGAGAUUGUUGCUCAACUUGGGUAACGUUAAGCAAAUGUUUACCACGUGUUUUAAACGGCGGCCAAACCACUUGCGGCGCCAGAUAUGGCUACUGUUUCUGUCGAUGACCUGCUAUAUGGUGUCACACAUCGGACCCGUGUUCUUCAUGUAUCAGUUCACGCAGAAAGUGUACGCCUGGGACUCAAUGACGUACAGCAACGGCGCCUCCAUUGCAAUCAUUGCCAUCACUGCGGGCACAAUGAUUAUCGCACCCAUACUGCUCAAGGUGUUUAAAUUUAGAGACACUACACUAUCAAUGGUGGGUUUGGUCUCAUAUUUUAUAUUAAAUCUGGUGAGAGGUCUUGUGCUGACACCCGCCGGCUAUUACUACUCGCUAAUCGGCGGGUGUUUGGGAGGCGUGGCCUCAAUCGGCAUUAGGUCUCACUUUUCAAAGAUCAUACGAUUGGAUGAAUUGGGAAAAGUGUUCAGCGGUUUGUCGGCCAUCGAAGCCCUGACGCCACUCAUAUCGGCCGCUCUGUUCACCGGUAUAUUCAACGCCACAAUGGAUUCAAUGCCC